GUAUGCAUCAUGGUUUGUUACCAAUUUGUGGCACGCACAAGUACUGCCCGCCUUGCUUGUCCCCGCCGUCGAACGCGUCGCGUGGACGCCGCGGCAGCCUGGUUUGAUACCGCAUGUAGUACGGCAAGAAAGGCCCUGCUGGUUGCAGUCCCAGCAUGGUUGCGACCAGGCGGACCGCGUGUCGGCCUUGGCUUUGACAUGGCAUACGUGGACUACCCCACCGGCGAUGAGUCAACGGUGGCGGCGGUCGCUGUCGCCGGCUCGCCGCUGACGGUGACGCUGCAUCACCGCCGACAUUCGCACCCCCACCAUGCAUGCAUCUCCAACGCGCACGGCCUGCUGCGAGGGGCCGUCGGUGCACGCGGCCAUGUAUGUGGCAGUACGGCUACUGGGUGCUUGACAUCACGCAGGACUGCUACACACCCGCCGCACGUCUACGUGCCCAUCGGCGCCGUGGCGGUGGUGCUGGCAGGCCUGCUCGCGCCGGCGGCGCUCAAUGCCGGCAUCCUCCUCACACGCCGGCACAAGCUUGACGAGCUACACAUGCAGCAGGUCUACGGCUUCCUGUACAUGAAGUACAAGGCCCGCUUCUACUGCUGGGAGUCGCGGGCGCAGCCGCAGAUGCUGCUGCUGCUGGUGGUGCAGGUGUUCAGCCAGGGCAGCGUCACCUUCCACCAGCUGCUGCGGCUGCGCGGCGUGCGCCUGGCGGUGCUCAGCCUCACCACCACGCUGCGGCUCUGCUUCAUUGACAUUUACGGCUUGAACGCCACCAUGGGCGGAAACAAGGCCCAGUACUACACCGUACUCACGGUCAUCACGCUCAUUAAUAUCGGGCUGUUCGGCCGGAGGCAGAGCUUCAGCACGCUCUCCAAGGCGUGGUCGCUGGUGUCAAGAAGCUCGGGAGGCGGCACGGGUGGCGGCGGCGGCGGCGGCUGGCGCAUUGUGACGGGCCGCAUGGCGGACCUGGGCACCGGCAUUAACAGCAAGCGGCCGAGGCCGCUGCUGCCCGGCACCCAGUCCGCACGGCAGCCGCAGGAGCAGCAGCAGCAGAGUGGCGAAGCCGCCAUCUGCGUUCGCCACGGCGGGCCCGGCACUGAGCCGAACAGGGACGUGACGUCAACUCCGCAACUAACAUCCGGCACGCGCUGGUGGAGAUGCUGCUGGGGCACAAGCGACCUGCAUCGCUGCAGACUGGCGGCGGCGGCGGCGGCAGCGGCGGCGGCGGCGGCGGCGGCGGCGGUGGCGGCGGCGGCGGCAGCAGCAGCGGGGGCGCGUGCGCGCAUCUUGGUAGCGGAGGGGGCGGGAAAGGCCACGUGGAGGCCUGUGGAGGAGGAGAGCGCAGCGCCGCCCAAGAAGCGGCGCAAGCGCGCAGGCUGAGGAGCCGGCUGGUGUCUAGGUAGCGGUCCGCGGUGGGGCUGGCAGGGCAUGCGUAGCGGCAUGACAAGUAGUGCGGCUGUUGCCAACUGUGCUUCGUCUGGCUGCGGUUGGCUCUGCUGUGGCAUCGCGAUUGCUAGGCACCUGGUUUGGCUAUGUGCCUGUGGAAACCGCCCCCGGCUAUGUUUGGGCGAUGAGGUUGUUCGGCCUCAGACUGUGGAGGGGCUCAGCCCUUUUUCCCGUGACCGGGGAACACUUGUCAUUCAUGUACCGUACGUGCCUUAUGCACAUGGGACACUGCUGUGGGAAUAAAUCUGGCAGCACGGGGCCCAUGCCAGAAUUGAUUAGGCGCGCAUGUGUGGGCCAAGCUAGCCAUUCUGUCUAGUCUACGCAGGUUGGCGAGUUGGGCCACGAUGUGACAUUGGGUCAUUGGCUGCCCCUGCGCUUGAACUUCAUGAAGCAUAACAUUCCGUUGUGAUCCCGCCGUACGUGUGCAUGAUAAGCCCUACGUGUGCGUCAGGAGGCGGGCUUUCACCAAGCCCUGCAGGCCGAUUGUGAAAGCGGGUGAAGAUUAGUGUGCUGGAGAUGCCCGUUCUGAACCUUUUGACCAAAGAGGCCCUCCAAGCUGCUACGGCAAAGCAUGCCCGCACAGUCGCGGCUGUGUGAGUAUUCCGCAAUCAACGG